UCACUAGUUCAGACCAUUGAGUGAAAAUGACUAGACAUUUGAUCUACUGUCUCUAAAGGCCUGUAAAGUGAUGCGGACUACUUCUCGGGAAUCUUCAUGUAUUUGCGACAGUUGCUGUCAUUCGUCUCAGUUUCCUCGAUGUCUGCUGCUUGGUCCCUGAUAUUAGCAUUAAGUAAGGUAAGCGGUGAACUCGACGGUCGGCGGCAGAAAGUCUCAAUUGGCAAGCUCCGUCCGAAAGCACGGGUCACAUUUUCGCGAGAGGAACGAACGGGUAGCUGUAGAUUUACCCACCCAGAUCGAACCACCCGCUGCCUCUGGUCUGCCGACGGACAUUUGAACGAAACAUACAGGACACAAAAUUGUCCUUGUACGGAGACUUUGACUCUGAUUUUUCCAAGGCGCAGUCUCGUUUGACGGUCCGCAGCAACAAAAACCGAUCGUUCUCACGAAAAGACGUCCACCCACCCCCCGAAGCCGACCCUCCGAAAACGCCGGCGUCCGUCCAC